AGUUCCCCGACCCCCAUGUCACCUGGUGGAGAAAAAUUGGACCCCAUCCCGGAUAGCUUCCUCCUGCAGCCGCCAGUCUUCCAUCCGGUGAUUCCUUAUGUCACCACAAUUUUUGGUGGUCUGCACACUGGCAAGAUGGUCAUGCUGCAGGGAGUAGUCCCCCAACAUGCACGCAGGUUCCAAGUGGACUUUCAGUGCGGCUGCAGCCUGCAGCCCCGGCCAGAUAUCGCCAUCCACUUCAAUCCUCGCUUCCAUACCACUAAGCCUCACGUCAUCUGCAACACACUACAUGGUGGACGCUGGCAAGCAGAGGCCCGCUGGCCUGGCCUGGCCCUCCAAAGAGAGGCCAGCUUCCUCAUCCUCUUUCUCUUUGGGAAUGAGGCUAUGAAGGUGAGCGUGAAUGGAAAACACUUUCUCCACUAUCCCUACCGGCUCCCACUGUCCCGGGUGGACACCUUGGGCAUAUUUGGUGACAUCUUGGUGAAGGCCGUUGGAUUCCUGAACAUCAACCCAUUUUUGGAGGGUGGAAGAGAGUAUCCGGCCGGACACCCUUUCCAGCUGAAAAGCCCCCGCCUGGAUGUACCGUGUUCGCGUGCUCUCUCCCGGGGUCUCUGGCCUGGACAAGUCAUCGUAGUGCGGGGACUGGUCUUGCAAGAGUCAAAGGAUUUCACACUGAGCCUGUGGGAUGAGUCUGCUCACGUUUCUGUGACGCUUCGGGCUUCCUUCACAGACAGGACACUCGCCUGGAUCUCCCCUUGGGGACGCAAGAGACUGGUUUUGGCUCCCUUCCUCUUUUACCCUCAACGAUUCUUUGAGGUGCUGCUCUUGUGCCAUGAGGGAGGGCUGAAACUCGCACUCAAUGGACAAGGGGUUGGGGCCACCAGCCUGAGCCAGCAUGCCCUGGAGCGGCUGGCGGAGCUUCGAAUCAGUGGCAGUAUCCAGCUCUACUGUGUCCACUGCUGA